AUGGAAUGUGCAAACACUCCGCACACAGGACACGCCACUCUCCUGUCUCGUGAGCUGGCUCGUUACAACAUCUCCAUCGCGGGACUCUGUGAAUCUCGCUGGCGUGAUAGCGGAGAAAAGAAAGAGGGAGACCACAGUUACAUCUGGAGCAGCCCAAAUGACAAGAAAGGGUUAUAUGGAAUGGGUUAUAUUGCAAUGCCAUGCCAUGUGAGGAAAUCCCUUAUCGGAUGGACCCCAGUCAGCGAACGUCUGCUAACCGCUCGCUUCCACCACCAACAUGGCAAGCUAACAAUCAUUGUUGCCUAUGCACCAACAGAGGUCGCAGACGACAAGACAAAGAACGCAUUCUUUGAUCAGCUACAUCAGGUCAUCCUGCAGGUUCCCCCACAUGACAUCACUAUUGUCCUCGCAGACUUCAAUGUCACCGUCUCCUCUGCCUCACGGGACCUGCAAACCAAAAACAUAAUUGGUCCAGAAUCUCCAGAUCCCAUCACCAACAACAACGGCGACCGCUUCCAGCAUUUAUGCAGUGCCGGUGGCCUAUCCAUCGUAGACACGUGGUUCCCCAGGAAAAACAUAUACAAAUGGACAUGGUACAGCAAUGAUGGCAAAACCCGCAAGGCCUUAGAUCACAUCAUCAUCUCCAGCCGAUGGAAAUCCAGUGUUACCAACUGUCGUGUGUACCGUGGUGCCCAGCUAGGCAACACUGACCAUCGAUUACUGGUUGCCCAGCUGAGACUGAAAUUAAAGGCUGUUCCUUCAUCACGGGCACCACCAAGAGUGAGAUCUUCCCAUCUCCAGGAUCCAACCAUCACCUCAGCAUUUACCAGCUCCAUCUCCAACCGGUAUAAUACCCUGGCCAGAGAAGAACUCACCAACUGGAAUCUGUUUGUGUCUACUAUAAACCAGGCAGCUGCUGACUCCACCCAACGCCCCCACCAUACACCUAGGCGUCCCUGGAUAUCACCAACAACCCUAGAAAUCAUAGAGCUCCGCAGAGCCGCCCGUCUCAGAGGCAACAUGAUUGAAUACCGUUGCCUUAAUCGCAUACGCAACACCGCGAUACAAGAAGACCGGGAGAGAUUCUGGCAAGGAGAAGCAGAACGCCUGGAGUCCGCUGCAGAAAAUAAUAACUACACCCAAGUGUAUCGAACCCUGAGGAGAGUGAAAUCAGGCCCCCAGCAUAAGGUGGUCCAGGUAAAGGACGCUCAGGGCAACAUACUGAACUCAGAGGAUGAAUGCAUCAACCGCUGGAAGGAGCAUUUCAGCAAUCUUCUGCAUCACCCUGCACCCCAGACCGACCCCACUCUCACUGCCGCCUCCGAAAAUGCCAGUGCAAAUGAUAACUGCAGCAUAGACCCUGUCACCAGAGAAGAGGUCAUGCAAGCUCUGUCCAAACUAAAAAAUGACAGAGCCCCUGGUAUCUGUAAUAUCACAGCGGAAAUGCUGAAAUGGGGUGGUGACAACACCAUUGACUGGCUCACCGAAAUUAUCAACCACGUCUGGGUAACUGAGCAACCCCCGGAAGAUUGGACCAGGGGCGUCAUCCUUCCCUUCUGGAAACACAAGGGUGAUAAAAUGGUUUGCAGCAACCACAGAGGCAUUACACUCCUGUCUAUCCCAGGCAAGAUCUUCACCCGCAUACUACUCACCAGGGCCCUCCCGGCCAUUAGAAGCAAAAGACGCCCCCAACAGGCGGGCUUCAUGCCAAACCGCUACACCACAGACCAGAUCUCUGCCCUCCGCGGAUAUGUGCACGCAUUCCUGGGGUUAAACUCGGCAGUUACACCCUCACAGAUCUGGAAUACGCAGACGACACCACACUAUUCUGCUCCACUCUUGACCAGUUAAAAGAAGCCUUGGAAAUCUAUCAAGAGGAAUCCAACAAACUGGGCCUGAGGGUCAGCUGGCCCAAAACAAAAUUGAUGCACAUCAGAGGUGACACCCCCCCUCCUCUGCAUAUCAGUGGAGAGGAGGUUGAGUUUGUGACCUCCUUUAUCUACCUUGGGUCCAUCAUCACCAACAAUAGCAACAUCAUAACUGAAAUAAACUGGAGACGCGCCCUGGCAGCCAGCGCCAUGAAAACACUCUGGAAGCCGCUGUGGAGACACCACUCCAUAUCAAGAGCAACCAAACUAAGGAUCUACAACACCUCAGUCCUCUCCAUCCUCCUUUACGGAGCUGAAACAUGGCCACUCAACAAGACCCUGGCUGCCAGAAUAGAUGGCUUUGACACCAGAGCACUGCGCUCAAUAGAGGGUAUUAAAUGGCCAGAUAGGGUCUCCAACAUCACACUGAGUGAACACGCUGACACACCAGCCCCCUGCCUCCCAACUGGCAGCACAGCGUCGAUUGCGCUGGUACGGCCAUAUCAGGAGACUCCCCCCAGAACAUCCCACUCACGCUAUCCUCCACUUCCAACCCAAAGCUGCCGGCUGGAAACGCCCCCGUGGUGCCCCCCGCACACGAUGGAUUGAUGUCGUCACCGGGGACCUACACCAACACUUGCGUGGAACUCAUACCAGAAACGAGCGCACGCAACGUCCGUCACGCUGAAAAAAAUCCGUAUGUAUCAAUGUGUGCGGGCGCCGAAAUCCACGUGUGUUUCCUUGAUAAAUCCCAAUCAGCGUGGAAUUGAGCGCAGAUGUCGGAGUGACUGGGCCCGUCCCCGUUACGCCCUCCUAUAAAUAUGCAGAUUUAUUUAAAUAGGGUCUCCCUGUCCUCGCACGCAGACAAAAUGACAAGAAAAACUAAAUUUACGGCGUGCGAGGUGGUGAUGUCCGAAAUGGCAUACUACCUACUGUCUACUUACCUACUCAAUCAGUACAUACUGCAUACUGAGUACAUACAGAUGCAUGCUAAAUACCCCAUUUUGUGCUGGCCGGACGCAGCACAGGGAAAAUUUAAAUAGUCCCUCCACAAGCUACACAAAACGACUGCAUUCCAGACAAAUUAUAUAAAUUCAUUCAGUAAUAUUUUUUCUAGCGAGAAAGUCAGUGUUUACAUCACGAUUAUGAGCCCAGUUGUUUGAAAUAGAGGCUGUUUGUGAAUUUGUCUCGGCGUUUUCGGAGACCAAAGCGUCCGCUUGGUGGGUGUUUGCAUCCACGCACCGUAAACAGCAGCAGCUCCCCCUUCACAUUUAGGCUGAAAAACAUAGAGCGCUGCCAUGCAAGAAGACAAAGGCGUCUUUUCUUCAGGGCAGCUAUGUACUUCCUAAUGGAUUUUCAACCACAAGUAAGAAUUAGUAAAGCUCACAUAUACAUUGUCAACUGGAAACUCCCCCGUUUGUAUAUUCUGAACCAUGUGCUCUCUACCAAUAAUAAUUUUUAUUAAUCAGAGGUCUGUGCUUAAUAUGAGUGACCACUUUGAUGAUGCAUUCAGAGAUGAGAAGAUGCUCAAACUUGUUGUAAUAAAUACAUCUUUAAUAGACAAUAAAUAAAGUUAAUUCAUAGGAAUAGUUAAAAACAUUACCUACAAUCCUAAUUUAAAAUACAAAUAAAUCUGGUAAAAAGAUAAAAAUAUGAUAAAAUGAUAAAAAAUUGUGUAAUGUAUACUGACUAAAUAUUGUUUAUCUAUCUAUCUAUCUAUAUAUAUAUAUAUAUAUAUAUAUAUAUAUCAUUAUUAUUGCAAUCACAUGCCAUCCUCGGGAAAGAGGGCCAUAUUGCCAGCUGAAGUGCACAAUGCAUUGUGGGGCAGAAGCAGUACGUGAAGCAAGCUCAGCUCUAUACUCAGAAAUCGAAGCCGAUUGAGUAUACAUCUGGGCAUUUCUUGCAUACACAAAAUUUGCAUACUGUACAGUGUGAACACACUGCCUACUCAAUUCGAGGGCAGGGUAGUACGCGUAGUAUGCCAUUUCGGACACAGCCUGAGUUUGCAAUCUCAAGUGGCGCCGGAAAGUGACGUCACGGACCCCACUCGUUCUGGCCCCUUCUGGCUGAUAGGGGGCAGUGAAUCCAUGUAUCAUUCGUUCAAUUGAUAUUCCAUGUCUCCAUGCUGUAAGUGAGUGAGUAAAAGGACCAGCACACCUGACACACCGCUGACAUCAGCAUACAGACACAGGUUAACACGGACAGAGACUGCAGUGAUUCUGCCUCCGUGCCACGUAUUUUUAAGGCAUCUCUAUGACGAUUUUGUCUGUUUCUCACUGUGUUUAUGGCCCUUUAUUUACAAAAUAUCCCAAAUCCAUCGAUCAGUGAUGAGAACAAUGAGGAGUAUAAAGUCCGUUAGUCCGCUGAAACAGAUAGCCGCGAUCCGCGGUUUGAUUUCAUUCACGCUGACUGCGAUCAGAGUGGUGACGGCGGACGCUUUUCCACAUUAAAGAAGGAAAUAUUUGUAAUAUAUCUUCGUUAACACCAAGUGUUUUGUUUCUACUUAUUUGAAGCGUGGAUCAUAGUUGUGGAGAAGUCCACACAAACAUUGAAUACAACCAACAAGCAAGGUGUACAGGCUGUGUUUAUUACAUUAAAUAUCAAUUGAACGAAUGAUACACGGAUUCACUGCCCCCUGUACAGUAUGCGAAUUUUGUGUAUGCAAGAAAUGCCCGGAUGUAUACCCAAUCAGCUUCAAUUUCUGAGUAUAGAGCGGAGCUUGCUUCACGUACUGCUUCUGCCCCACAAUGCAUUGUGCACUUCAGCUGGCAAUAUGGCCCUCUUUCCCGAGGCUGAAAUGAAAUAGAUGGCAUGUGAUUGCAAUAAUAAUGAUUGCGAACUCAGAUUAAAUUAUGAGACACUUUUUGCGGGGCGAGCACGAAAACGAAAAAGCAUUUCUGAGUUUGCUUUUGCUUUUUAAUUUAGUCACAGAAUGAGCAGUCUUGAAGAAGAAAAUGAAAAUGCAUUUUGGAAUAUUGCUUUUUAUUUUGAUUUUUGAGUCAAAUUGUGCAGCCAUGACUUUGAAAUGAAAAAGCUAUUCUGCUAAUGCUUUUGAAUUUUCGAAUUUGACAUUUCAAAUUGAAUUUUGUUACCUUUUUGCUGGUGAAUGUUUUGUAAAUUAAAUGUUAAAUGUAAUUUGCUUUUGCUUUUUAAUUUAGUCACAACAUGAGCAGUCUUGAAGAAGAAAAUGAAAUUGCAUUUUGGAAUACUGCUUUUUAUCUUUAUUUUUGCGUCAAAUACUGCAGCCAUGACUGUGAAAUGAAAAAGCAUUUCUGCUAAUGCUUUUGAAUUUGAGAUAUGAGUCACAAUCGCUUCCAUAAUAUUCUGGAAAUUUUUUCUUCACCUGUUGUUCUCAUUGGCUUGUUUAUGUUGUAGUUAACUAUAUUAUGAUAUUAGAUGUUGAGAAAUAUAAUAAAAUAGAAAGUUAGGAGAGCACAGAUAAUUAAAAUUAUGUUUAAAGUGGAGCCUCUACCCUUGUGUUCAGAUUUCAGUUUAUUUUUGGUGUGUUUGAUUGAAGUGAAAUCAUGUUAAACAGCUCUAUUUUCUUGCCUGCCGGCAGCACGGCAGACCCAGCGCAGUGGUAUUUUCGUCUGGCGGAGCCUAGUGCACAGCCAGUUUGGUAUUUUCAUAGACUGAGGCGCACCUCCCCCUGCCAAGCUGGGCGUGGUGGCGCGGCAGGGGGAGGUGUCGACAGAAUCAGCUGGCGCAGUGACAUUUUCGUGCACGCCGGCAGCGUGGACAGUGCGCUGGAAGCUUGCGGAUUUAAACCUGGUCAGCUUUCAGCGCAGGCGGAGCGCAGCUGGUCUAGUGGUAUUUUGGUAGACCGGCGGCGUAGUGCGCAUACAUCACCGAUGCCUCACUGGCAUUAAGUACCUAUUUAAUAGACACACAUGAUAAAGUUAACAAGAUAUGUAAUUCCUCUCCCUCCUUUUCUUCCUUCCUCUUUCUCUUAUUUCUCGUGCAGCUCUACCUGGACAUGUGUCCUUGUCCUCUCCCCGUCAUGCUGCAGCAGCUGCUGCGGCGGCUGAAAAGAUGAUGAGUUAUUUACUUUAAGCCUACAUAUGUAUAUUAUAAUAUUCAGUUUUGUGAGCCAAAUUUAUUUUAUAUGCCAACAUCUAUGAAAUGACACCUCACCACCAGUGUGUGUCCUGACUUCUGGAAUGACUAGGAGCCUGCUGCCAGAGGAGCACAGGGUCUGUGAAGGUUCAUAAGGUAAAAGCAGUUCUGAAAGAUAAGAAGGCCCAAGACCAUUAAGACAUUUGAAAACAAGUAAAAGAACCUUAAAAUUGAUCCUAAAACACACAGGGAGCCAAUGCAAUGAUUCUAAAACCGGUGUAAUAUGGGCCUGCCUUCUGGUCUUAGUCAGGACACGUGCUGCUGAAAUUUGUAAUAAUUGUAGACCAGAAAAAUUCUUCUUGAGAAGACCAGAAAGCAGGGCAUUACAAUAGUCUAAACCAUAUCUAUGAUAAAUGCAUGCAUUAGCCUCUCUGUGUUGGAGAUCUCUUUGACACCACAGACUACUUCACGAAAAUUGUAAAACGCUUCGCCGGAGCUUAUGUGAUUGGCGAAAACAGGUCACGGCUGUGUUAAACCCACUCCACAUCUUAUCCCCUCCCUUUCUACAACUUAUGCCACUGGGAGGAGCUGAGUUAGGGAGGGGGGAUACUUAUGCUGGGCUGUGCCGCUCACCAAAAUAUCAAAAUGCUCAUCAUUCACAUAAACUGAUUGAGUCUGUCUGACAUCUGUACAGCAAAUAGUUGACCUCAAGGUAAAGCUGAUCGACCUCGGCCCGGCUCGCCCAGUAUCAGCCUGUCCUGCUGGUGCGUGGGUUCAGACCUUGUGGUACAGCGCACCAGAAGUACUGAUGCAGCUUCCCUUUCAUGAGGCUGUGGACAUGUGGUCUCUUGGUGUGACAGCUGUAGAGAUGGUCACGGGAUACGCUCUGUAUCCUGAAGACACGAAGUAUGAUGCACUGAGCUACAUCACACAGGUACAGGGGCAGCCUGAAGAUCAUCUUGUGGACAAAUCAAUAACUCCUGAGUACUUUUUUACUCCACAAGAUGCUGCCCCACGGCGCUGGAGACUGAAGGCACCAGAGGAGUUUGAGCAAGAAUCAGGAUACCGGCCUCAGAUCAAGUACCCCAGUUUUAACAGUUUGGAUGACCUCGAAGAGCUGAUGGACCUGCAGAGAGGACAUGACGAAGAUCACCAUCUGUUAGUGGACCUAAUUAAAAAAGAUGAUGCAUACAGACCCAGAGCAGCGCAUCAUGCAACAUCCCUUCAUGACUGAAAUAGUCCCCUCAAGAUCCUUUAGGGACACUGUCAUGAUGGAGUCCGAGGUUGCAAUACCUAUGGACACUAUCUGCACUGAAUACCACCAACCUGAGGAGAGGAAGACUGAAGAAGAGGAGAUUUGGAAAAGAACCUCUCUGUCUGCAGAGUAUAAGGAGAUGAAGAACAACAGCUGGUUUGGAAGAGCAGUUGGAUGGAUUAGAGCCAGCUUCAACUUCGGUUUUCUUGGGAGGGGUGAGAGGCUCCCAGACUCUAUGGUGUUAUCAAACACACAUAGGCUGCCGGGUGCUCCGGUUUCUCCCAACAGUGUAUGA